AUGUUUCCCUGUCGUACUUGGUCAGUAAAGAGAAACAUUAAUUGGGUGAGCAUAACAUUGAGUUUGUUUGCAUUACUAAGGAUGGAUAUUGACGUUGUAAUUUUGUAUCUCGAGAAGAUUUCUUACUUGAAGAAAUUACAAUUAACAAGUUUGAUGAAGUUUAAAAACAAGAUUCAUUUUAGACAUUUGGAUUUGAAUAAGAAAGAAGAAAGUCAUUUCAAUACUGUAUUUAGUAUUAUCGAACAAAAUAAUGAGCUGAUAAAAGGUAAAGAUAAGUGUCACAGUAUCACAACAAUUGCAUCUUGUCUAAAUACUUUGGAAAAUUCUUUCGAUAAACUAAGUCUGAUAAAAACAUAUAUUUUACAAAGAACUGAUAACUUAAAAGAUAUAUCGAUUUUUUUGAAUGAUUCUAAUGUAAUGCUACUGUAUGAAAUCUGGAAAUAUUUAUGUAAGAAUUUAAAUUUAAUGAAGUUCUAUUUCACCUUAUUAUUUAUUAAAACAAAAUCUACAAUUAUGAAUAAUGAGUUGUUAUUAUUAAAGAAAUAUAUAUUGGAAUCUAAUGAACGUGAUGGUUAUGGGAAUAGUGUUAUGAGAACAAUUGAAUCGUUUUUAGAGUAUUUUGAAGAUUUUCUUUUGGAGCUUACUGCAGAAAUUACAAAUAUUGAUAAUGGUAUCACCAGAGGAGGAGAAAUUGAUUUGGAUGAUAAAUACAAUUAUUACGUGCCAUCUUUAAUUCAAAUUCAAGAAUACUAUGACAUGUCUAAUUUUACUUGCUUGUUAUUAGAUAUUCAACUAAUUUUGCAAAGAGAAAGAUUCACUGAUAGUUUUGGAGUCGAAAGUUUAUCAAUAGAAACAAAUUCAAUUCAUUCAGAUCCGUCCACAUUAACACCUUCUUUAUCAGAAAAUAUUGCUCAUUUUGAAAAUGGUUUAUUUGAAAAUGGUAAACAUGAAAAAUAUUCUUCACAGUUUAGAACUCAUAGAAGACUGUCGUCAUCAGAAAUAACGGAAGUGUCAUUAUCUUCGCCAAUUUCUCGUCUGGGUGAAAGCUCAAUACUACAAAAAGAAAUGCCAAGACUACUUAAGAACUUUUCAACAAUUGAUAAAUUGAAUCACUUGGUCACUGAAACAGAAUUGCCUGACAAAAAUGUCAAGAAAAAUAUUGAUCAAUUGUUAAUGUUAAACUCUGAUAUGUCAAGCAUGAAUAACUUUAAGAAAAUGCAAAAUUCUAGUUUAGAAAAAAAUAUUAUUAAAAACCUAAAUCUCCAAAAUAAUAUUUUAUCAAAUAUACAUGGACUCAAAACUUAUGAACCAACAAAGAAAUAA